ACGGCCUCGCCGAUUGAGCCCGUCCGAACCGCGGGCUCUGCGCGCCUGCCCGGGCCGCUCGUCCCUCCGGGAAGCCUGCAACGCCAGCUCUUCUGGGCGCCCGAAGUUCCCCCCUUAGGGACCUCAGGGUUUACUUACUGUAUGGAGGCAAAAGACUUUGGGUGCUACGAGGACAUGAUAUUAAGUAACAAUCACAUAGUGAGAGAUGUGUUCUUUUAAUUAUCGGUUUAUUUGUAUCUACCCUGCUUAUUUAAAUAAUAAGAAGACCAUCGCGGAGGGGAGGCGGAUCCCCAUUAGUAAGGCUGUUGAAAAUCCUACAGCUACAGAGAUUCAAGAUGUAUGUGCAGCGGUUGGACUUAAUGUAUUUCUGGAGAAAAAUAAAAUGUACUCUAGAGAAUGGAAUCGUGAUGUUCAGUACAGAGGCAGAGUCCGGGUCCAGCUCAAACAGGAAGAUGGCAGCCUUUGUCUUGUACAAUUCCCAUCACGUAAGUCAGUCAUGUUGUAUGCAGCAGAAAUGAUACCUAAACUCAAAACAAGGACACAAAAACCUGGAGUUGGUGACCCAAGUCUUCAGCAAGGAGAGGGAAGUAAAAAAGGGAAAGGAAAGAAGAAGAAGUGACCUGGUAUGAGCAUCAAGUGUGUGGUAUAAAUAGAGGCUUCUAAUUUGUAUCUGAGGGAAACAGAAGCUUUUUGUUUGCAUCAUGUAACUGAACUAUGAACAUUUGUGCCUCUCAUCUUCAUCACUGGAGUUGACAAUGAAAUAAAUUUACAUCAGAAGUUUGCACAUAGCUUUUAUGCAGUAUUAAGGAAAGAAUUUUUUUGUCUUUCAAUACAGUUUUUGUGGAAAAAAAAUAUUUUUAAAUGGACAGUGUAGUGUACCAUAAAUUGCUUGAAAUCCUAUAUCUGUUUGUCCUCUGUGUAAACAAAUGUUUCAGUUAAGUAAGUUUAAGAAGAUUUGAAAUACACAUUUUGCUCACCUUUUAAGUUAAUGAAAUAAAAUUUGAAACUGAC